CGACCAGUCAAGAGCUCAGUAGAUUCGGGACCUGUCUCCCAAAACCAAGCCGAAAUACUCGAGUGCGCGGCGCCGAAACAAUAGCGUAUGUUUCCGCGCUUUCCCGCGACAACGCGACAAUUGAUUGACAGAUAAAUACGCGGGAAAAAAAAAUACUGGCUUGAUGCGUUCGGAAAACGUAACGGUUGUUUUGUGUUCAAAGUGUUGAGUUAAAAUUUUUGAUUUGUGUGUGAAAUGUUCGUUCUUAAAUGACAUAAUUGAAACAUUUGGUAUAAAAUAAAUUUACUUACUUGAAUCAGUGCGUUAGGUAAUUGGCUAUAGAUAUGGAGAGGAGAAGGAGUCGCCGGGCGUCGCUGACCACAGAGCAGCGGCGGAAGUUGACCCUACUGAGAAGCAACACGGUCGCCGCGCCGCCCACUCCGAAAUAUGUGGUCAGCACGGACCGCAGCGGCGACAUCCACGUCCAUGUUCAGGGUGACCUGAGCCAACAGGACAAGAGAUGUGUGUUCGUGACGGUCCACGACCUCGGCACCAACCACUCGUCGAUGGUGGACUACGUGAACUGCCCGGCCAUGUCUGAGAUCAAGGAGCGCUCCUGCUUCAUCCACAUCGACGUGCCGGGCCACGAGGAGAACUCUCCCGAUCUGCCCGACUCCUACCAAUUCCCGUCCCUCCAAACCCUGGGCGAGGACUUGAUCACCGUCUUGGACUUCCUUCACAUCCGCUACGCCGUGGGGCUCGGCGAAGGCGCCGGGGCCAACGUGCUGGCGCGCUGCGGACUGGCCCACCCUCGCCGCCUGCUGGGCCUGAUUCUCGUCAACUGCACCGCCUCCACCUCCUCCGUCGCAGACGCCUUCCGCACCCGCUUCUCGAGGUGGAAAGGGACAGACAUAUCCCAGUCAGAGGAGGAUUUUUUGAUCUACCACAAGUUCGGACAUGUGAGUUUAGAGACAGAGCCCGCGUUCUUUAGAUAUCAGCAAAUCUCGAUGGAAGGCGGCGACGCCAUGGAGCGGGAGCGCAUGCUCAGCGAGUACCGCUCGCGUCUGCGCGGGAACCUCAACACGCACAACAUCAAGCUCUACGUCAAGGCCUUCAUCAACCGCAAAGACCUGGUGCUGAAGGGGUGCCAGCCCGACAUCCUGCUGAUCACGGGCACGCUCAGCCCCUACUCCGCCGUCGUCGAGAAGAUGUACAAGGAGAUGGAGCACAAGGAGCGGGUCACCAUACUGAAGGUGGAGCGAGUGGGCGACGUACUGGCUGAGGCGCCAGCGAAGGUGUCCCAGUCGCUGCUGCUGUUCUGCCAGGGCCAGGGUCUGCUGACGUCCCUGCCGCCGCCGGGCGUCGAGCGCCGCAUGUCUCGAGCCAUGUCCAUGGAGGAGUACGACAAGCCCAACAUCCGCCGCCUGUCGCUGACCCCCAGCGCCUCGGAGUCACCCCCGGCACGGAAGGUGUAGGGGCGAGCCUUCACCGUCGACGUUCUAACCGAAUAGCGCGGCGGUGCAAUGGGAAUGCACGCAAACGUCAACAAAAGCUGGCUUGUCAUUGGUUAGUUUAGACGCCAUUUUGGAUUUUAGAUUCUCUGAUUGGCUCACGGAAUUACGAUUAUUGGUAGUUAAGAAGGAUCGUCUGUGUGCAUUCCCAAAUAUACCUAAAUGAGGGUUUUGUAAAGUGGAUGUAUUUUUUUUAUAGGUCACAGAAGUGGCACAAGUUUUAGAAGAGUAUUUAUUAUUGAUGUAAGAUUGUAAAAGUAUGUUGAGAUUGAUGAGCAAAUACUACCUAGCUGUCGUUCGUAACACAUGAUUGUUGUAAUAGCUCUAUUUUUAACAUAGGAAAUAAAAAAGGUUAAUAUAAUAUCUGCAAAGUAAAUAAAUGAAGUGCAAUACACAAUACACCAUUUUAUCACUAAGUUGCUAACUACAAUGUUCAGAAUAGCACACGCAUAUAGUUUAUCUUUAGUGCCUGAUUCACUAUGUCUGGAUAAUACCUGUGGGAUAAAACGUGGAUAAAACAGACAGUGACAGCAUGUCUUUUAUCCCACAGGUAGCCAUUAUUCAGAUAUUUUGAAACAGGCACUUAGUAACUGGGUACUCUGGUAAG